AUGGAAGAAGUCGAUAAGAUUAUUAUAGAGUCAUUAAGAAAUUUAGAAUGUGAUAUUGGUGUUAAAAUUAAAAAUUUAAAGCAGUUUGACGCCGAUAUGGUUACAGGUGCAGUUUCCUCAUGUUUAGAAGCGAUUUUACACAGUUCCUUUCCCAAAAAACUGCCCCCUUCUAUGAGUGCAAGACUGAAAUUAGCUUCCAAUAUGGCUGAACAAAUAAAAGAUUUAGGAUUUCGAGAGGAUAUGGGAUACCAAUCUAUUUUAUAUUAUAAUGAAGAAGAAGUUAGGAGGGUUUUAAUUUUUUUAAUUGAAAGAUUACCUCGAGAAACUAUUAAAACUGUUUCUGUUGAACAGAUUGGUUAUGUUUCGAGAAUUGUGAAGACUUUAGAAGAUAAUAUUAAGGAAAGUUUGUCUAAAACAUGGGUACCAAGUUGUUUUUUAAGGCAAGGGGUUAGGGAAACCAGUCAGGGCUAUAUUGUUAAUAGUUUGGGAGAUAGUUGCUCUCUUAGGACUGAAAAAUUAGAUAUUCCAGAUUCAAGGACUCAAAAUGAAGAAUUAAAAUAUUAUUGGAUUCACAAUGUUCCUGAUGUCACAAAGCAGUGUUCUCAUAGGAAAUUAAUACCAUCUUUGUUAUAUAAAGACAGUGAAUUCCCAGAAGACUUUGAUUUAAAAAAUGUUAUAAGAAAAUCUGAAAUUGUAUCUCUUAAUACUAUAGAAACUGAUUUGAACAUUCCAAUAUCAUCAUCAGAAAAAAUAGAAAAGACUUCUGUUGAUAUCAUAAAUAUUGACAAGGAUAUUGAAACUCGGGCAGAGCAAAGUAAAAUAGAUAAAUUGUCAGAAGAAUUGGAGAAUAAAAAAAGCCAGUAUAUAUUAUUACAAGAUAAGGUUAAAACUAAAGAAGCACUGCUGAAAGAGUUGAUUAGAACAAAAAAUGAAGAACAGAACUACUUGAUAGAAACUCUUGCGAAAGUAAAAUUAAAAACAAAAACUCAAACAGUACUCAGCAAGGAAGAAAACUUAGCAAAAUUAAAUAACAUGAUUGAAAAGGCCAAUGACCGUCUAGCAGAACUAGCCAAGCAAUGGCAUGAAAUACAAACACCUUUAUUAGAAGAAUACAAAUGUUUGAAAGACAGCUUAACCAGUGAAGAAUCCAAAUACCAAGAACAGAAAGAGAAAUUAGAAAACUUCAAGGAAACGGAAAUAAAAUUAAAUGAAAAUAUAAAAGAAAAAAAAGAUUUGAGUCAGAAUUUGACACAACAAUAUAAACAGAUAAAUAGGAAAAAUAACAGGGCAAUGUACACUAGAAGAAUUUUAGAAAUUAUAAGCAACAUACGAAAACAAAACAAUGAUAUACAGAAAGUCCUUAAAGACACUCGUGAAAUUCAGAAAGAAAUUAAAAACCUGACUGGCCAAGUUGACAGAUCUUUUACUUUGGCAGAUGAGUUAAUAUUCUAUGAUGCUAAAAAUGAUGAAACAGCUCGUCGUUCUUAUAAAUUAUUGGCAGCUCUACGAGAUGAAUUUAAUAUUAUUCUUAAAACCCUCGAAGAUCUAGGGGUCGUCGAAAGAGAAUGCAGAAAUUUAGAAGAACAAAUUGAAAUAGAAAAAUCCAAAGAAGUUAGUGUUAAACUUGAAAGAGUUAUUUCAGAUUUAAGACAGAUACAAAAAGAGACGGAUAUGAUGAAGAAACCAUCUAGCUAG